AUGGGCCCGGCUCCAGCCGUCCAUCUGGCCUGGCUCUCAGCAGCAGCAGCAGCCUCUGGUCUGAUCCGGACGGGGCCAGCUGGAGCCGGCGCAGCCCCCACAGCCCCAGCACGGCGCCAGCAGCCCGGCCGCUGCCCUGUUAAUGAGCACACCCUGGACGUCUUCCUCCCGCGCCGGGUCCGUCAGGUCUGCUGUUGUUUGUUCGGCCGCUCCGAGCCCCGCGGGGUUCUGGGAGUUCUCCGCGCAGAGCACAGCGAUGGCUGGUCUGGAACCUCCGACCAGGCUUCGGUGAUGCUGGUGGUGGAGGAGGGGAAGGAGGCAGAGGAGCUGGUGGGGAAAGAGUUCGACCACCCUAAUGUCGUGCACCUGGAGGGCGUGGUCACGCGAGGUAAACCGGUGAUGAUCGUCAUCGAAUUCAUGGAGAACGGAUCGCUGGACGGCUUCCUCAGGAAGCACGACGGUCAGUUCACGGUCAUCCAGCUGGUGGGGAUGUUGCGGGGCGUGGCGGCGGGGAUGCGCUACCUGUCGGACAUGGGCUACGUGCACCGCGACCUGGCCGCCCGCAACGUCCUGGUCAACAGCAACCUGGUCUGCAAGGUGUCCGACUUCGGCCUCUCCAGGGUGAUGGAGGACGACCCGGAGGCCGUCUACACCACCACCGGUGGGAAGAUCCCGAUCCGGUGGACGGCGUCGGAGGCCAUCCAGUACAGGAAGUUCACGUCGGCCAGUGACGUGUGGAGCUACGGCAUCGUCAUGUGGGAGGUCAUGUCCUAUGGGGAGCGGCCUUACUGGGACAUGUCCAAUCAGGAUGUGAUCAAGGCCAUCGAGGAGGGCUACCGGCUGCCCGCCCCCAUGGACUGCCCCCCCGGGCUGCACCAGCUCAUGCUGGACUGCUGGCAGAAGGAGCGUGCCGAGCGGCCCAAGUUUGAGCAGAUCGUGGGGCUCCUGGACAAGAUGAUCCGGAACCCCAACACCCUGAAGACCCCCGCCGGGACCUGCACCAGACCCAUCAGCCCCCUGCUGGACCAGAACCCGCCCGACUUCAGCGCCUUCUGCUCGGUGUCCGAGUGGCUGGAGGCCAUCAAGAUGGAGCGUUACCGCGACAACUUCACCGCCGCCGGGUACAACUCCCUGCAGUCGGUGGCCCGCAUGUCCAUCGAGGACGUCAUGAGCCUGGGCAUCUCGCUGGUGGGGCACCAGAAGAAGGUGAUGAGCAGCAUCCAGACCAUGAGGGCCCAGGUGCUGCACCUCCACGGGACGGGAGUCCAGGUGUGACCGGCCUCGUCUGGACCAGCUCAGCCAGGGAGCCCCUCUGGGGGGCCCACGGGACAAUCAGGAGGCCUCCCCAGGACCACCGCCCCGGAUGCUUCCAUUCCUUUGUUUCCUCGGGGGGGGGGUAUGUCGGACCCUCCGUCUUCUGGGAGAGGCCACUAAGGAGAGGAUAAGGACUUGGAUUAUCGGGGCGGGGUCUGGGUGUUGAAGAUGUCUACCACAUAUCAAAGGAGCGAUGGACCUUCCACCCCCUGGUUCCUCUACCUUCAUGGACCAUUCAGCACACCAUGAAUAUGGACUUCCUUUAACAAACAGAAUUAUUUCCAUGUUUCCUUGUGGUGGCUUUUCAGUAUUUCUUUCCCUUUUUUAUUUUUAAUUUGAUUGAGUCCGCCGCCAGACACUUUUCAGCUUAACGAUAGCUUAUUUUAUAGUUUUUCUUUGGACUUGACAACAGGGUAAACCAUCUAAUCAAAAAGCAAAGAGCGUGAACAAAGACUGAGCCUUUUGGUUGGACUCUAAACCGGUACUUCUCCCAGUUUGUGUUGAGACUUACUGGGGACAUUUUGAAUGUUUCAGUUACGUUAUCUUCUCCCCAUACGGCUGUGGCCACUUCAACACGUUCUCCUGGACUCCUGGUCCCUUCUGGGGACGACUGGACGGCCCACACACCUUCUGAUGAAUGGAGUUUUUGGAGGUCUUCCGAGGUCUCCAGAUCUUGGAGGUCUUCCGAGUUCUCCAGUUCUUGGAGGUCUUCUGAGGAGUAGAGGUCUCAGAGGUCUUCUGAGGACUGGAGGUCUCGGAGGUCUUCUGAGGACUGGAGGUCUCGGAGGUCUUCUGAGGACUGGAGGUAUUGGAGGUCUUCUGAGGACUAGGGAUCUCGGAACUCUUCUGAGGCCGGUGGGGAGGUCACUGUCCACUUUACUUUUUCACACACAUUUCUCACACUUUAAGACGGACGUGGGAGCUUUCAAAAAGCACAGAAUGCCGCUUUGGAAGAUGACGACCACCACUGAGACACUGAAGACAAAAAAGGAUUUGUGGAAGGACCGCAAACUUGGGUAUCAGUGUAGCAAUAUUUUAUUUGUCUGUAGUCUUCACAGCAGGAAGUGCUUGACAGGAAGUGCUUGAAUUUUCUGUCAGGUGUCCUCAAACGUUUCUUUUAGUUUUAUUAGAGGAUAUUUUAGCACCAUUUGAAGAUUGUAUUGUAACUCUAGCCACCGUUGAUUAUUCUGCCAUUGUUUUGCCUAAAAUACUAUGUUGCACACAAUGUUUAAUAUAUGAACUGUUGAGCUGCAUAUGUACCUAGGGGUGAAUCUAUGGAAAGUGUAAAUUUUACAAGUACUGCCUUAAAAUGUGCUAGGUUAUGCCGCUGUUUUAGGCACUUGGAUGGCAAUGCUUUACGCGGUUUCCAUUAGAUAUCGGUCUACUCUCAGCAGGCGACCAAUCAGCUCCUAACGCUCUUCUUGGUUACCUUCUUAUCAGGAAAUGGAGGCGAUUCAAAUCAAGUGCAUAAAAUACGUCUGAUGGGCAAGUUCGGCUCGUCUGCAGGACGGGUCGGCGAAACAGAGCAAUAAUUAGCAGGUCGAAGUUGUCCUCACCUGGGAAUCAAAGGUGCUAGCUGUGUUAGCCUCACAGUGUGCGGACGCUUUGGGAAUAUCCUGUCCUCCUGAGAGAGAGCGAGAACUCUCCGACCUGAGGCGACUGGACUCGCACCUCGCGGUCACAAAGACGGGUUCUCUCUGCGAGACGCCACCGGGCGCUUAGCGCUCGAUGAAGACGAGAGAGGAAGAGGGGACGGAUGAGAAAGGGAAGAUGGUUGUUUCGGUUGCCGCGUUGACGAGGGCCUGUUCCCAAAACAGUAGAAGGGUGCCAAUGUCACUUCCUGGUGAUGAUGUCACUCCGAUGAUGUCAAAGUCCCUCCAUUUCAAUCCAGACGAGCGCUUUGGGGAAAGCUUGCGUCACCAAAUGACAAACCCCCCCGUGUGUAGACGCACCCCAAACGACCUCUGAAAAGGGGGGCCCCUCGUUAGUGUAGUGUGAGUCUGAAUGAUAUCUCCUCACUCACACGGGUUAUCUCCCCUCACCCCCCCGCCCCCCUGAGGUCCACCUAACCAGAACGCCUGAUACGGGUUUAGGAGGAGGAGCCAAAACAACGCUGGAGUCAGCCGUGAACCAGACCGAUCGGGUCCCUUCUGGACUCUACCCCGAGAACCAGAGGGGCGGAUCCUUACAGCACAGAGAUGUACUGUGAAAUCAAUCCCC